UCGCGAUUGAGGAGAGACCUAUUGUCUCCAUUGUACGAAUGGGCGCGACUUGUUACUGGCAGCCAAUCAUCUUUGCUGCCAUGCCUGCGAGGAAUACGUGAAUCAGGGAAGUGUGAAUACCACGCACACCCACCUAUUGUCUUCCAAUUCCACCAAGGCAGUAUUCACAGUACUAGUUCAACACACAAUAAGCAGACAAUAUACUGCACCAUCGCGCCAAACGAAAAGUGAAUGCUCACUUCACUUGUGCUUCGUUUGAGUGACAACGGUCGCGGUCAGUGAACUACUUAAACCCUCCUACUUCUCCUCCACUUCUUCUCGACUCUCUUUCUCUUCCUCAAAACUUCUUCCACUACAAAUCUCAACCUGAACAAGCUUUUCCUAUAACCAUACAAAUACAACUGAUCAUCUCAAGGUUUCAUUUGACGGCUAAGCCAACUUCAAAGAUGAAUUACUCGGAGAAAGCCACAACCGCCUACUACGAUGAUGAUUCUGCUAGCCUGAGCGAAACCGCUACCUUGGACUCGAUCACCCUGGAGAAGGCCGACGCUGUCGAGGAGACUCCUGACACACUCGACGACCUCCAGAUCAGUGUCCCGCUCAGCUCCCUUCUCAGAUUCACCUCAGACCCCGAGCGACAGGCAAGCAACCUGAUCAUCCACAACCCCACUGACCGAUUCAUCUGCCUCACCUCUGGCAACUUCAUCUACCCAGCCGCUUCAUUCCGCGACAUUACCAACUUGAUGCAGGACAUGGAUGACGACGCGGUGGCCGACAACCCCAAAUACCGAUGCGCAUGCUACAUCAGGGUUCUGAACAUCUCCAGCUGGCGCUUCGCAAAGUUUUUCUUGAAAUCCAAGGGUGUCAGACUCCAUGUCUUCCCACCGGGCUGCACUCGCAGUGUCAUCCUCAAGCCGCCCCCACCAAGCGAAAGUCGGCGCAGUGCAUCCAACUUCGACAAACUGCCUUUCCUCGAGCGCAAGCUAUACGACGUCGAGCUGUACAGGGACUUCAACAUGGCAGACUGGAAAGAUGGCAAGGUGCUAGAGUGGAUCGCUGAUGAGACCAAGGAAGAUGUCUCAAGAUAUGGGUUCUGAAAAGUGUGCAGCAGAGGUCUCGAGACAUGGGCUCUGAAAUGCGUGCGGUGGGUGCUUGCUUCCAGGGGGCUGCAUUGAGAGGGUGAUCUUGAUCCAAGGCGAGCUGCGUCUCACUGCAGCAGAUUGACGUUUUGCUGGUAUUUCCCCUGGAACAUAGGUACCAAUAGUGAUACAAGGGAGCAUUUGACCAACACAGCGAAGGCGUUGCUACGAUUUUAGUCAUUUCAUACUACAAGACAGUUUGAAAACGAGCUUAUUGCUCUCAAUAGUAACAUACCUCAUUUUGA